AUGAGCGAUACAGCACAGCUAGACACUAGUGAUCCCAUCGCAAGACCAAACCAUACAACGUUCAAUCCACAACACAACUCCCGAAUGUCAUCUGCCUCACCAUCCGCACAAAUGUCUACUUUAAGAUCAGAAACAUCCAACAACACUAAUCAGCAUCGACCGUCACGAAGGGUUGCUCGACGUGCAUGUUUAUCAUGUCGUGAAAAAAAGAUCAAAUGUGAUGGUGAACCUGUUUGUGCUAUCUCAUCGGCGGAUGGGAUCAACAAAGUAGUUCCAGAAAAGACGAGGACUUGUUCAAAUUGUAAAUUCUUAGGACUAGAGUGUGUGUUUGUUCAAAGUAAUCGUGGAGGAAGGAGAAAGAGAAGAGAUGCCAAUGAUUCAGUAAGUCAGACUGGUAGUACAACUUCCACAGCACAAUUGAAAAAAACAAGAACAGAAAGUUCCAACACUGGCACAUUUACAAAUGACAUCAAUCAAAAUGCAACCGACAGGGCCCCUACAGAUCAAGAUGAUAGUGUUCAAAGCUCCACCGCUCGUGUUAGCUCAUUUAUUUUAAGUGGCAAGGAUAAACCAAAUGUACCUAUUCCUCCGCCAAUCCAAUCUAAUUUUCCAACUCCUUUGGAUAGAUUGCCGCCACCGAUGUCAUCCACGAGUGAAAGUCAAAACAUUAGAAGUGAACAUGGUCGUGCAUUCAGUAAAGCACCGUACCCUGAAUUCGAUGACAUGGUGCGAAGCGACACUACGAGGUCAAACUCCUAUGAUUUCCCCCGGUUCCCAUUUGCAUCAAGACCAGGCGGUGGAAGAAGGUACGAGGAUAUUGAUCGUCCCGAUGAAACAGAGACCGAAUCUUCAUUUAGAUUAUCGAGUGUCCCACCAAAGGGACCCCGCGAUGGACGUGGUCCACCAUCACCUCAUGGAUUUGGAAGAGGACCACCUCAUCGCCGAGGACCACCACCAUCACCGCCACAUCGUCAUCAUCACCAUAUGGAUGAUUAUUACUCGCUUCCGCCACCACCUCCACCUCCUCCAUUUGGGUUUCAUCACGGUCCACCCCCACCUUUCCCUCCGCCGUUUCCUCCACCGCCGCCACCUCCUCCAGGACACUUUUCUCACUUCCAUCCACAUUUCCCUCCGCCACCACCGCCUCCUCCCCCACAUUUUCGUCACCAUUAUGGAAUGCACAAACACCACCCUCAUCGUCACCGUCAUCGGUUUUAUGAUCAUCGUUACGAGGAGGAUGAUGAAGACGAUGAAACACUCGAGGGCCAAUAUUCACCAAAACGACGCGAACGUCGCAAAAAUGAAAGGGACUCCUACAGUGAAAGCUCUCGUGCUAAAUCUAGGAAACGCAGUAGUGUUUCAAGCUCGCGCACAACGCUGUCGUCGGAAAGUGACUAUAGGGGGACCAGCCUGUCAAUGGCGUCAAAGUUGCCCCUAAGAAAUGAUAGAGAUGCCCCCCUGGUUGAUGGAUAUAAGGUACCUCUAGCAUCCCUGCAUCCCGAAACAUUUGUUGCCAAUCCACCUCAAGUUGUGACCAAAAAGUCAACACAGCCGUUUUCUGAUGACCAUUUAGCCCAAUACGAUCUCCCCAAUUGGCAAACUCUUGAUAAGAUAUUGUCGGCUUACUACAUUUACAACCAACCCAAUCACCAAUUGUUUCCUGGAAAACACAUUUUGCUCAGGAACUUGUCUUUGAACACCGACAGCUCGGUGCUACAUGCAAUAAUUGCUACAGUAUGCAUAACUGCAACAAGAUUAGAUCCACACCUAGCAAUCAGCAAUGAUGAAAACUACUGGAUUGGAAAUAUUUAUAAAUAUUGGGACAACUUGAAUGGCAUUGGGAUCAUGAUUUGUUACAAGUUGAUCCCAAAGUGUACUUCUGUUAGGUACGAUAUGAGGUUAAUCAAUCAAUUCAAUGCCAAGAUUUUGGAAACAAUUCAUGAGAACAACUAUGUGGAGAUUUAUAGUCAAAGGAGAUUUGAUCAAUCAGAGGCGAAUAGAGGAACACUGAAUCAAAAGAAUAAUUCAAUGUUUGGCACACUGAGACAAGUUUAUGAACGUGAGCUUGUUUUACGGUUGAUUUGGAGUUUCUACAUUCAUCAUAUCAUCCUCUUGAGGUUUAAUCAAGGCCGCCCCUACUACAAGUUAUCAAUGAUUGUUGAUGAUUUCAAGUUUGAUUAUGAAAGAGAUCACUAUUCAAAUAACAUUUUGCUACCUUUGAAUGAUUACGACUACAUGACGUUAAAUUUGGCCAACAAUAAUAGGACAAGUUGGAAACAAUUGCAUGACAAGGUUCAUUUCCCAUCCGAUGCAUCGAGUUUGAUUUUGGCUAGUAAGAUAUUUGAGAGAUUGUUGACUAAAUUGUCCAAUGAUGAAUUGACAUUUGACAACUUGAUUACUGCUGAUGAGUUCAAUGUUGAAUUCUCAAACAAAAUUAAGAAUCAAUACGUUUCAAUCAAGGAGGACAAGAAAUUGAUUGUGGUGAAUACUAGUUACUGGUUUGCAAAUAUGAUUCUUCGCGUUUCCGAGGUUUUACAAUACAGCUACUUUAUUUCUGAUGUGAUGAAGUUUAGAAUGUACAAGCAUAAAUUUAGCCACAGUACAGAAGAAGCCAAUUCUAAUCAAAUUUCAUUCACACCGAUCAUAUGCGAUGAGAUUCGAGAUUGUGGUGAUGUCACUAGCAAAUUGAGCCAGUUCACCUCAAAUCAAUGGCGCAGCUUAAUUGAAAUCGUCAAAUCAAUGAAUGGGUUUAUUUCGUUGCUUGAAUUCGCACCACUGCAAGAAUACCCAGAUUACGCAAUCGUACUUGGACCGGCAUUGAUUAACGAUGACCAAUCAAUCAACAAGCCCAAUCCAGUCUCUAAUGCCAUCAACAAAUCAACUGAAUGGUACGACUCCCCUGAAUUGCAUUCGACAGUCAAGCAGUCGUGGAAUAAGUUACCACAAUAUGCACUAUCAUUCUCAGCAGGGCUUUUAUCAAUCAUGUGCAGUUUAGCAGUAUUGACAAAAUACGUAAAAUUGAGCAUCAAGGCUGACCUGAAAUGUAUUAGUGUUGAGUUUUUGCAAACAGGUGAAGUGAGAGAAUUUCCUGAUACAAAAGCUGAUACAAUUGAUGAAAUUGACAAUGUUGUUGAACUGUUCAACACUUCAGUAGCUUUGAAGCAUGUGUCGUCGUUAUGCGAGUUUAUCAAGUUUAAAUUGUCCUACAGCAAUGUUGAACUUAUGCAAAGCACAAUUCAAAAGAUGAAUAAGGUGACUCAACAUUUGGAAAGUAUUUUGAGUAGCUAA